AUGCGUUACUCCAUCAUCCUCCCUGCUUUCGCAGCUGCUGCUCUUGCACAAUCCGCCAAUGGCAACUCAUACACCGAAACCAACUCCCUCGGUGUUGUGACCGCCCAGCCUGGCGUCGUGACCACCCAGCCAGCUGCGGUCACCACUCAGCCAGCUGUUGCCACUGCUCAAUCCGCAGCUGCUGUCGUCCCGGCAGGUGCAAACAGUUCAAUGGUCGUGGUCCCUACUGGCUCAACUGGCAACGGCUCUUCCGGCACCAACGGCACUGUCAACUCAGCGAGCCUCAAAUCCGCCUCCACCAAGACCUCUUCCACCUCCCAUUCGUCUAGCGACACAUCCUCAGCCUCUACCUCCCACUCUGGCUCCUCCACCACAAGCUCCGGCGCCUCGACAACCAGCAAGAAAGCUUCUGCGGCGGAUAUUGUUCAGCCCAUCCUCGGUCUCGGGUUUGCCGGUCUUAUCUUCGCCGCUUUCUUAUAA